AUGCGUGCAGGCCUAACACUGGGUGUGACGCCGCCCAUCUUGCUCAGCGGACCGACAGAGAAUGAUGAAAUAGUGACGGUAGCGCUUGAAACAGAGCUCAAAGCGCAGAACGUGUUUGAAUCGUCUGAAGAAGCAAAGCUUCGCGAGGUCGUGCUUGGCCGCGUCGAUGCGCUCGUCAAGGAAUUUGUGUACCGCGCGUCGAUCGCACACAGCCUUCCGGAAGGCGCGGCGCGUGCAUCUGGGGGCAAAAUUUUCACGUUUGGCUCCUACCGACUUGGUGUGCAUGGCCCAGGUGCAGAUAUCGAUACGCUGUGUGUCGCGCCGAAACAUGUCCAGCGCGAAGACUUUUUUACUAUUUUCGAAGCGCUGCUAAAAGAGCGCGAGGAGAUCUCCGAGCUUGCUUCCGUCCCAGAAGCAUACGUGCCUUUGAUCAAGACCAAAUUUAUGGGUAUCUCCAUUGAUUUCCUUUUUUCGCGGAUAGCACUUCCCCGGAUCGACGACGCGCUCGACUUAAAGGACGAUAAUCUGCUAAAGAAUUUGGAUGAGCGCGACGUGCGCAGUCUAGGUGGCUCGCGUGUCACGGACGAGAUCUUGCGGCUUGUGCCAAACGUGCCCGUGUUCCGUAUGGCGCUCCGCUGUAUCAAAUUGUGGGCGGGAAGACGGGGCAUCUACAGCAACGUGCUCGGCUUCCUUGGUGGUGUUGCAUGGGCAAUGCUCGUUGCGCGUAUCUGUCAAUUGUACCCAAACGAGAUUGCGGGACCGAUUGUGAGCCGCUUCUUUAUCAUUAUGCACCAGUGGAAGUGGCCGCAGCCCGUGCUGCUCAAGCACAUUGAGGACGGGCCUUUGCCCAUUCGCGUAUGGAAUCCGCGCUUGUACCCAACCGACCGGCUGCAUCGGAUGCCGAUCAUCACACCGGCGUAUCCGUCCAUGUGUGCAACACACAAUGUGACGCAGUCGACGCAGGCCAUCAUGACGGACGAAUUCCUGCGCGGCGCUGAGAUUGUCGAUCGCGUCUUUGCAGGGAAGGAGCAGUGGGCGACGCUGUUUGAAAAGAACGACUUCUUUCACAAGUACAAAUAUUAUCUGCAGAUCAUUGCCUCCUCGGGCUCUGCUGAUCUGCAGCUCAAGUGGGAAGGUACGGUAGAGUCACGGCUUCGCCAGCUAGUCAUGAAGCUGGAGCUCAUACCUUCGGUGUUGUGUGUUCAUCCAUAUGUAAAAGGGUUUAACCAGGAGUCGGUAUGCUACACAGACGAGGAAGUGCGUCAAGUUGCGACGGGCAAUGUCCCGGAGGCAGUGGCCAAACGGACCAAGCUACAGGCGCUUCCGUCGGAAGGCGAGGCGUUGAAGAAGGAUGAGCAGCAGCAGCAGGCGGAAGAAGAUAAAGGGACGCGUGUCAUUUACACAACAACGUUCUACAUGGGUCUCAAAAUCGAGCCCCGACAGCCGCAUGAGGCAUCCACACGGCGACUCGACAUCUCGUACCCCAUCAUUGACUUUACUCAAAAGGUCAAGCAGUGGGACCAGUUUGAUGAGGCAGCCAUGGGCAUUGUAGUGCGGCAUAUCAAGGGCUCCGACCUGCCCGAUUAUGUAUUUGAUGGCGCGUCGCGCAAGGCGCCCUCAAAGCGCGCAGGCAAGCGAGCGAAACACGCGCCGGAGGAGGAUGCAAUGAAACGCGCCAAGUAG